CCGCCACUCUUGGGUAAAUGAGAAGCGGUUGGGUGAUUAUGCUGACAUUCCAGCAUGCAUUUGGUAGACCUGUGGUUAACUCGCUCCCUCUCCAUGUGUCUGCUUCUACAAAGCUUUGUCCUCAUGAUACUAUGCUUUCAUUCUGCCAGUAUGUGCCCCAAAGGUUGCCUUUGCUCUCAUUCUGGAGGUUUGAAUGUCAGCUGCAGCAAUGCGAACUUGAAAGAAAUACCUAGAGAUCUUCCUCCUGAAACUGUCCUUCUCUAUUUAGACUCCAAUCAGAUUACAUCCAUCCCAAAUGAGAUUUUCAAGGACUUGCACCAAUUGAAAGUCCUCAACUUAUCCAAAAACAUAAUUGAAUUCAUUGAUGAGCACUCUUUCAAAGGGGUGGCAGAAACCUUGCAAAUGCUAGACUUGUCAGACAACCGGAUUAAAAGUGUGCACAAAAAUGCUUUUAACAACCUGAAGGCUAGGGCUCGAAUUGCUAACAAUCCUUGGCACUGUGAUUGCACCCUUCAGCAAGUCUUGAGAAGCAUGGCUUCCAACCAUGAAACAGCCAACAGUGUCAUCUGUAAGACCUCCGAUUUAGAUGAACAUGCUGGUAGGCCAUUUCUCAAUGCAGCUGAUGCUGACCUAUGUAAUAUUCCUAAAAAGACAACAGAUUAUGCCAUGCUAGUCACCAUGUUUGGCUGGUUCACCAUGGUGAUAUCCUAUGUAGUUUACUAUGUGCGGCAAAAUCAAGAGGAUGCACGCCGGCACCUGGAGUACUUGAAAUCUCUGCCAAGCAGGCAGAAAAAACCAGAUGAAGCAGAUGACAUUAGCACUGUUGUAUAAUGCACCCAAACCCUGUGACAGACCGAGGUAGCCAUUAGGUAUGGAGAGCACGGAUACCAGCUGUUUCGUUCUAAUAUUCGUGGUCAAUAUGUUAAAGACU